AAACCAUGGUCAUGUGUGUUGUGACGUAUCUAAGUGUGGUUUUCCGGCCAUUUCAACAGAACUGCUUACUACCUGUGACUAUUUAAAUUUCGUUUCAGGGAUUAGACAACCCAGUUUUGUUGUGCACUCAUCUCCGGAUAAAGCAUACGUUUUGUGAGAAUAUACACAGUUUAUUAAUCUGGAAACUGAAAUGUCUACAGCCAGCACCAAAGAUGAAAAGUCGAUCCUUGUACGUUCUGCAUAUAAUAAUUCAAGUUACCAGAUGGGUGACCAGAGAAAUAUGCAGGAUUCGUCCGAUGACGGGAUUGGAUGCUGCGGAUGUAUACUGAUGGGAUUAUCUUACCUUCUUGUUGCCUUAUUUUUCCCCUUUUCUCUAUGUAUGACAAUAAAGAUUGUUACUGAGUAUGAACGAGCGGUCAUCUUUCGGUUGGGUCGAGUACUGCCAGGAGGGGCGAAAGGACCUGGAAUGUUCUUCAUAUUACCAUGUCUUGACGAGUUCAAAAAGGUCGACCUCCGUACAGUGUCCUAUGAUGUCCCACCUCAAGAGAUUUUGACAAAGGAUUCUGUGACAGUUGCUGUAGAUGCUGUUAUCUACAGCCGUAUUUUUGACCCAACGAUGUCCGUGUGUAACGUAGAAAAUGCAGAUUCAUCUACUCGAUUAUUGGCAGCUACAACCUUGAGAAAUGUCCUUGGAACUAAAAACAUGUCUGAACUCCUGACUGAACGAGAUUCUAUUGCUCAUCAAAUGCAGUCUAUCUUAGAUGAAUCAACAGAUCCAUGGGGAAUCAAGGUAGAGAGAGUUGAAAUUAAGGAUGUCAGACUUCCAGUACAACUCCAGAGAGCAAUGGCUGCCGAAGCAGAAGCUUCAAGAGAAGCUCGUGCUAAGGUUCUAGCAGCUGAAGGAGAACAGCGUGCCUCACGUGCUCUGAAGGAAGCAGCCGACAUUAUGGCCCAAUCACCAGCAGCCAUUCAGCUCCGUUAUUUGCAAACCCUGAACAGCAUCGCAGCAGAAAGAAAUUCCACCAUUAUUUUCCCAUUACCAAUGGAUUUGUUGAGUGGAUUUGGCAAAAAAUAGAACUGAUGUUUUUAUGUUGUUUAAAUCAAUUGUUGUUUGUACAAUAUAAAAGACGGAUUAUGUUUGAAAAUGGCAAAAAUCAAACAAUAUUACUUUAUAUAUAUAUAACAAAAUAUGCAUUGUCAUGUGAUAUCCUGAAUAUGCCUUAAUUACAAUAAUAAGAACAAAAAACGAGAAUUUUAGUCGUUUAAGAAGUGAAAAGUGACCUAAAGUUGCACGCAUCCACAUCCUUUGGUCUCAGGUGGAUAGUUGUAUCAUUGGCAAUCAUACCGUACCACAUUAUUUCUAUUGAUUAUAACGAAAGCAGGAAUGUUUGUAUUAUCAAUUCCAAUUUUUAUCUUCUUGUUAUCAAGAAAAUGGCCAGGCAUUCUCGACCCUCGUGGAGAUGUAACUCUUGAAGCGCUUUUCGCCGUUUUUUUUAUGAUAUUGCUCAAUGUUUGAAAUGUUCUGCGGUUUAUGUUUGAUUGGAAAGACAGCAAACCUCUUCAUGAACAUCUCAAACGAUUCAAGUUCUUGUGUAUGUUGUUUUAAAGACAAGACUGCGUAUGUUUUAAUACUCAAUGCUGGUGUCUUUCCUUCAUUUCAGGGUGAAACAUUUGCAAUUAAUGUUCCCAUGUUUAGUGAUAUCAUUACAUGUUCUAGUUUCAAUGCAGGCGGUAUUUAAAUAACAGCAAGGCUAGAUGAUAUAGAGGCAAUCAGGAAAAGUCCCCAUUUCUCAUUCAGAGGGGGAAAUAAGUACAAGACUACAAAAAGGUUAUUUUUCGUUUUUGCUAUGAAAUGUCAUUCAGUGCUGAAUAAAAGAAAAAGAAAUAUCUUAUUUAAUUUGUCCAAAAAAAGAAUGAAGGGGUUGGUAAAUUAAUAAUGUAUAUUUUUGACAAAUGUCAAUUAAAUUUAAAUUUAUUAGAAAUAUAAUUUUUUUAUUUUUUUUAAUUGUGAAAUCAAUAACAGAUAUUUUACAAAAAGUUGUACCAAUUUACUGGAACUUCAAUGAUAUUUCAAAGUAAAAUAUGGUGAUUUACAUUUUUAUAUUUAUCUAUACUUAUUUUAUGAAAAAAUACCACUUUGAGCACGUGAAAUGAUAGCUACCAUAUAAGCAAAUAGACUCUGACGUAAUGCAGUCAGAUUACAAUAAGAUGUUUAUCAGUCUUUAAAUUGCUGUGUUUUAUUUUGUAUCUGUAACACAUUUAUGUUGCCGGGUUUUAUCAGUAUUGCAUAAUUUAGUUGUUACGAUUACAUUAAAUUUCCUCUGUUCAAUGACAAACCGGCUGUACAUAAAGGGUUUAUGCGUAUUUAAAAGCUUGUCUAUUUUUAAAGUUACAUGUUAAGCAUGUUGAUUAAUUAAGACAUGCAAUUACAUAUUCCAUGUUUAUUUUUACUUGUUGUUUGUAUACUAUAUAUUUCUUAAUUACAUAAUAAAUUUAAAUAAUGAAGUUCCUGUUCCAAAUAUUAAAACUUAUAUUCUAUUUUUUCUAUAUUGUUAUUUGUAUUAUAUAAUAUCGUAAGGAAAAAAAAUAAAUUCAAUAAAAAAAUA